AAAAUUGGUUAAUCUGUACUAGCCUUUGUUAUUUGAUUUGUUAGUGGAACAAAGUUAUUGAAUUUCUGACAAAAGUUUGGGGUCAUUAAAUUAAUAAAUUAAGCACUUAUUAGUUAAAUCCAACCUGUUCAGAAUUAAUUGUUUAUACUGGGGAGAAUCUUGUACAGAUAUAAUGGAUAUUUGAAAUACUGUUCUUGAAUGGUUGGUACACCCCUAUAUGCCAUUAUGUUUUUUAAGUGAAAUAGGGUCCCGUCUUUGUUGAAGCUGUCUGUAGUCAUAUAAAGAAAUGCUCGAGCUGUGGGCAGAUCACAAUUUUGGCUCGUGGUGUUUGUUUGGAAGGGAGGCCAUUCAGACUAUUUGUAGCAGGUCCCGAAGGUUGGUGUGCCAAGUUCUUCCCUGUUGAUGUAGCCUGGUGCCAGAAUUAAUUCUGUCUUCUUCUGUCGCCCAACAGCUGACUUUUUGUUUUGAAGAACUGUUUUGCUGUGGUUUAAGAUGUCCUAAGCACUUUGAGAAAGGAACAGAGUUGAGGUUUUGGUUUGCUCGAUGGAUUUCCUGGCACUGUUCGACCCGACCACGUCGGACGAGUACGUCGAGCAGAACGAUGAGUUUGCGGACCACCUCCCUCCGGAGCCGCAGCUCGGGAACGUGGAGUACAAGCUGAAGUUGAUAAGCCCUUCCAAGCAGCGCUUUGAGCACUUGGUGACUCAGAUGAAAUGGCGGCUACGGGAAGGCCAGGGAGAGGCCAUAUACGCGAUUGGGGUGGAAGACAACGGGGUCCUGGCGGGCCUGUCGGACUACGAGAUGACGGCGAGCAUGCAGACGCUCCAGCAGAUGGCUUUCAAGCUGGGCGCCACGAUAACCGUGCUGCGCGAGAGGGUCGUGAACGGCGAGAACGGGAACGGAAGGAAAGUGGCUGAAGUUCUGGUCAGAAAGGUUCCCGACGACCAGCACAGCAUCGAGGUGCGGGUGGCGGUGAUGGGGGGCGUCGACGCGGGCAAGUCCACCCUGCUCGGGGUGCUGACCCAGGGCCAGCUGGACAACGGCCGGGGUCGCGCCCGCCUCAACAUGUUCCGGCACCUUCACGAGGUGCAGUCGGGCCGCACCUCCUCCAUCUCCCACGAGAUCCUGGGCUUCGACAGCCAGGGCCAGGUGGUGAACUACAGCUCGCUGGUGACGGCCGAGGAGAUCUGCGAGAGCUCCACCAAGCUGGUGACCUUCAUCGAUCUGGCGGGCCACCGCAAGUACCUGCGCACCACGGUGCUGGGCCUGACGGGCUACUCCCCGCACCACGUGGUGCUGGUGGCGAGCAGCAGCGCGGGCGUGGUGGGGACGACGCGCGAGCACCUGGCGCUGGCGCUGGCCCUGGACGUGCCCUUCUCCGUCGUCGUCAGCAAGACGGACCUGGCGCCGCCGGCCGCCACCUUGGCCGCGCUGGACGCCGUGCUCAAGUCUGUGGGCUGCCGCAAGGUUCCUCUGCUGGUGACCAACGAGGACGAUGUCAUCACUGCCGGCUCGAACCAGCUGUCUGAGAACAUUGUGCCGAUAUUCUGCGUGUCGAGCGUGAGCGGGGAGGGCCUGGAUCUCCUGACCAAGUUCCUGCACGUCCUGCCUCCGGGGGUCAACCUGAAGGAGCGAGAGCGCAUGGAGCAGGAACUCUGUGAAUUCCAAGUAGAUGAGACAUUCAGGGUACAUGAGAUCGGUACGGUGGUUGGUGGAUUGCUGACGAAAGGUGUUGUCACCGAAGGCUCAAAUUUGGUUAUUGGUCCCUUGGACGACGGGCAGUUCCUGCCGGUGGAGGUGCAGUCCAUCCACCGCAACAAGGCGCCGUGCCGGGUGGUGCGCGCGGGCCAGAGCGCGUCGCUGGCCCUGAGCCGUGCCGUGCCGGGGCUUCGUGCCGGCAUGGUGCUGCUGAGCGCCGAGGCCCAGCCCGCCGGCUGCUUCUUCUUCCAGGCGACGGUGUGCGUGCUGUUCCACGCGACGGCCAUCUUCCCCGGCUUCCAGACGACGGUGCACAUCGGCAACAUCCGGCAGACGGCCGUGAUCGAGGGCAUCAUGGCGGCCGGCGGGAUCCACACCAACGACCGGGCGUCCGCCCUGUUCCGCUUCGUGCGCCACCCCGAGUGCGUGCGCGUGGGCAUGCGGCUGCUGUUCCGCGAGGGGCGCACCAAGGGCAUAGGGAAGGUGACGCAGGUCUUCCCCGUGCAGUCGCCGUAAGCUCGGCCUCGUUCCGCCGUGCCCGAGGGCCGCCGUUUGUGAACAGUGCGGGAAGUAGCAAUUGGAUCUCUCUUCUCUCUGCGUCGCGAAGCGCAUUGGCGUUGUUCUGCUUGAGCCGGCACAAAGUUCACAUGUUACACGUGCAGAAAAACCUUUCUGGUUUUUUUUAGUUAAUUAAUAUUUUUUUUAACUGGCUUGAUAAGAGUACAUAUUUUAACACGCAUGGCUUCAGUCUUAAUUCAAUUGACGUCACGAAAAUGGGGAAUUGUGUAAAUUAUAUAAUGGCUGUGUGCUGUGCUUGGUAGGUAGGUUUUUAUUGCGACUUAGCAUUUCUGUCUAGGCGGGGGGGAUAAAAAAAAAGUGUGAUGAUUUUUUUUUUUUUUUAACUUAAAUUCGUGGAGAUCUAGCCAUGAAACAGGGUUAUUGUGAACUUUAGGUCUCUCGUGAAAAUAUUUUAACCUCGAGUAUACAUUUUUAUUCUCUGGAUUAUUUCUGUUGUGUGUGUUUCUGUUUAACCAUUACCUUUUAAGUAUUGCAGUAAAGUGUUGUCAUAAGGUAAUGUAAUAAGUGAUGACAGUUGAUGGUUUGCUGAAUAUUUAUAUUGCGUGGUACGAUAAUUAGCAAAUUUUAGUGAUAAGCCAUAUUGUUGCUGCUGAAUUUAUUCUCAGUUAAAAAAAAAAUAAUUAUCAAUUUUAGUAUCUUAAGUACAAGUUCUGCGUUCUAUUCAGUGUCAAAUUAUAGUGCCAGUUCUUAGCAUGAAAAUAAGAAAGUUUAUUUUUUCAAACGGGAAUUCAAUUUUUUUAAAUGUGUGUGUGUGUUUACCAUUCAGUGUGUUUUAAAUAGGUAUUAAAUAGGUAUGUAAUAAGGUAUUAGGUAAUUAUCUGAAUGUAUUUUAUUGUAUUUUUAGUGUUGAGUUCUAUCAUUUUGUUGCACAGAUUAGGUUGUGAUUUUUCAAUUAUUUAGAACAUUGUCUACUGUAUCUCUUUCUUGCUUUUCUCUAGUGUUGCAUUCCAAGUUCUCUACCUUACUGUACUGUACCUCGUACCUGUACUGUGCUAGUAUUAAAUGUGCACAAUUUGCAUUCAUGCUGCUUUUUCAUACCCAUUUAAUGAUGUGUAAUAAUUUUUCCAUGUUUAAAUGUCACAUUUUCAUUGUUAAAACUUUUUUAAAUUAAUUAAUUUAUAUUUUAUAUUUCAAAAAAAGCGGAAAAUAUCUAUUUGGAUUAGUCAUAUAAAUAUUGCCGAUGUUAACAGUAUACUCUUUAUUCUUUAAAGCAGCCAAACUUUGGCCAUAUAUGGCGUAUCAAGUCUCAGAGCAGCUCAUUAUACUAUAAUAAGAAAUCACAACUUAAUUUGAAAUCAAAUAGGAUAACAUAUUCUAGCAAAAUUUUAAUGUGUAAAAUAUACUUUUCAUUUGCCAUAGCAGAGACCUGAAAUUUUACUGUUGUGAGCCAAAAUGGAAUAAAAUCAGGAGAAAAGCAAGACGGAGUUUGUUGCUGAUGCUAAAAUAGACCAUAUGAAAUGCAAACUAGACCACUGGACAUUAAAUUAAAAUUUUUUUUAAAUUGCACUUCACUGGCUAUCAUUGUCUUAGUGAUUUGGGUUUUAUGACAUUUGUUAGUUGCAGAAUAUGUGAAGCUUUAAUAUUAGUGUGCAUAUAGUUUUUUUUUUUUAUGUAAGUAUAUAAGGAUCUGAAGAACUUAUAACACUAUAUUGAUUCACAUCUUUACAAUCGAACAUUUUCAUCAACAUAAUAUUAAAAUUUCUGACAGCUUUUGACACUCGUAAAUUCACUAUGUUAUUGUUGAUUGAUAAACGUAACUUAGAAACCGGACAUUUUUCUGUUACAGUUGAUAAGCUUUGUACGUUCGUUAGGAGCGCGAGAUGUCGUGGAGUUAUACAUCCAUAUUUCAAGGAAUCCCAAAGUUCAUUUUAUGCCAGUAUUGCCACACAGAGCACCUGUGCCAUUGAACCAUUGCACAUAAAGUUUAUUUACUAUUUAUAUGUGCUUUAGAAAGGAAGAGUUUAAUAAAAAAAUAUAAAAGAAGAAUACUAAAGGUGAAGCUUAACACAGUGGAGCCUUAUUACAAAGUACCUCAUUUUAAAGAACAUAUUUUCAUAUCCCUAGGUUUUAGUAACAGUCCAGUACAAAUUACUUUCAUUAAGUACCAGAUCUGUGGGGUUUUUCAGGUGUGUUGUAUUGAAAUUUCAUUGUGUUUCUGUUGAUUCUACAGAGGUAAAUGUAGUACAUAUUUACACCAAAAGUACAAACUAUACAGGUAAGAGAUAACCACUAAUUGGCCUGCGUUAUGAAAUAAUAAUUUAUCAUUGGUUUUUCAUAUUUUUAUUUAAAUUAUCCUUCAGGUGAAGAUUAUAUAUUUUUUUGUUUACUCAUUUUUUUUUUUUACGUAUUAUUGCAUUACAGUUUUGAAAUUGGAUUUAGCCUUUACUGUAAAAUGAAAUGAUGUAGAAAAUUUUUUUUAAUACUUCUAGAUUUCGAGGUUUCCUGCAUUGUAUCCUACUUUUAUGUGGUCAUGAGUUAAUGUUCAUGCAAGUUUCCCUUUCCUUUAUAAACGUAAAUACAUUAAGAUUUGCUCUUAACUUGCAAAGUAAUUUUAAUGAAAGCAUUAUUAUCAUCUGAUAUUUUUAAGUAUUAAAUAAAUGUAUAUAAUUGUAAUGGAUUUGGAUUUCAAAACAGUUUAAAAUUGGCAACUGCCAACUUAGAUUUUUACCUCUCAGAUUUGUUUAUUUCAAAUUUGUACAUUCAGAGGUAAAACUAACCAACUCUUUACAAUAAUUCCUUCCACACAGGCAUAUGCAGGAAAAGAAUUUUUCCCAACUGUUUUUUCAUGUAGGCCUAUGGAGUAGGUUACACCUUAUUAACAACUUUACAAUAUUUUAAGCAUGGGUCAUUUCCACUGCUACGCCAAUUCAGUAUCUUUGUAUUACUAGAGUAAGAUUUUACGGUGUUUUAAAAAUAUUUAAUAUUUUUAGUACACGAGAAAGUUAAAAAAAUAUGAAAAUUUAAAUUACUGUUAAACUAGAGCUAAGAUAUGAUUUUUAAUCUUGACAAAUUUUGUUAUCAUUUUUAUUUUUAAAGUAACAUACAAUAAGAUAUUAAAUUACUCAAACGCCAAAAUAAAAAAUGAUGCUACUGGAACUAAACUUAACAUAACUUUGUAAGCGGUGGGAAAAAAGUAUUUAAUUGAUUAUGUGGUUUUAAUUUUGUUUUCUGGUGCCACCAUAUUUUCACAUUUAAUUUUUACUUUUUUUUUCACUCUUAUUAUUUCAAUACUAUUAAUAUGAUUCAAACAUCAACAUCCAAUGUUUAGUUUAAAGCAGAAAAUCAUUAUACAUUUCCUUGUGAUGUUUCUUAAUAACCUUUAGGCAUACUAUCUGUAGGGCAUCAGCUAUAGACUGGUUUUGUAAACUUUACUUUGAAGAAACCAUACAUGGAACUAAAAAUUUUUUUUUUGUUACUUAAUUCAUGAUAUUUUAGGUUUUUAAAUAAAAUCCUAUUUAAAAGAUUUAUGAAAUGAUUUUUCUAUUUUUUAAUAGGCAAAAUGAGAUAAUUGAGGUGAAUUUAGCUGCAUUAGUUACAUUGUGUAUUAACUUACAUUUUGGUGUUUGGAUAUGUAUUGACGUUAAUUAGCUGUUAUUUCGGUUUUAUCAUAUCACUAUUCGCCUCAUAAUCUUGCCUCUACGUAUAACUAUUAUGUGAAAAUUACGUACAUCGUAUCUUAAUCCUUUACGAGCUCAAAGCCUGCGACUGCUAACAGCUGUAGUAGUUAACCGUAGUAUAAAAGGGUUGAUAUGCACGGAACCUUAAAUAAAUUUGCAUUGAGCUUUAACCUUGAAAGUAAUUAUAAAAAAUUUAAGUUUUUGAAUUAAAAAUAAUUUAAUUAUUACAUUUCUAUAAUAUAGAUGCAUUGAAAGUGAAACUAGUACAUGAUUACAUUACAAAAUAAGAUUUGUGAGCAUUAGAAAAAUUAUUAAUUAACAUAGUCUCAGAUAUGUUUAUUUCUGUUGUAGAAACCAGAUAUUUAUAGAUUGUAAUUGAAAUGAUAUUUCAACUCCACCAUUUAAGUAAUGAAUAAAUCUAUCUUGUAAAUUAUUACAUUUUUUUUAAAUUUGACUUGCAUUGUAUAUGAUAUUUUAUCUAUUUCAAUUGGUAAGUUUGUCCUCGUUUAAAUUUUCCUAAAUUUUUUUCUGUUAUUUUUCUGGUCCAUUAAAAAUUGUAGUAAAAGGGGCUUGCUUUACUGUACCUAUUUGAAAAACUAAUUUGAAAACUAUGAUAGGUACAGUAAGUCCUCGGUUUACGUCGGGGUUACGUUCCUGAAAACCGCGACGUAAAUAGAAACUACGCAAAAUGAGCCAUGUUUCAUGCCACCGGCCGGCCACGACCCAAGGUCGGCCGGAAGCGCUGGCAUACAGACGUGACAACGGGCAAUUUUAUCAGCAAAUGACAACAGACAGCGUGGGAAACAAGUCCAACUAGUACUUCUCAGCUUUAUAGAAUGGUUAUUUAACCAGCUGCUUUAUUACCUUUAUUGAUUGAAAUAUAAAAACAGAUAUAUAGUACAUACUGUACGUAAGAGCAGGAAGCGUCCCUCAUGAUGCAUGAUAAGAUAAGGCGGUGAACGUGUAGCUUACGCUACAUAGCAUAAAUUAACUACCGAAGGAAACAAAGAAUUAUAAACGAAUUAUAUACGGUGUUUUGGUUAAAAUAAAGAUUUACGGUCAUUGUAAACGACGUUAUUGUGAAUCGGCGACAACUUAAAUUGAAACAUGAGUACUCAAACAUUAGCGACGUUAAUCCGAAACGACGUAAAUCGGUACGACGUAAAUAGAGGACUUACUGUAUUUGGAUUUUCGUCAACAAAUACAUAAAUAUAGGUGGUUUUAUUUAUGUGCACACAAUUAUUUGCUUACUAUCAUAUGACCAUAUAUAAAUUUUAUCAGCCAGUAUGUUCAUAAAAACCAUUUUACUACCAUAGCUUAAUAGAACCACAUUAGUAAAUUAGCAAAAUAAAUAGUCACUUUAACUAAUACAUAUUUUGUUGUAUCUAAAUAUUUAAGUUUUAAAUUUACUGUAUAAAUAUACUUACACUAGUUGCGAUGUACAUAAUUAGUGUAAUAUUAGACAAGUUUAAGUGCAGGUGAAUGCUAUAUUUUGUAAAUUAUGUUGUUGACUGGUCAUUAAAACAGUGGAUGUGAAUUUUUUUAAAUCAACUAGGUUUUAAUGUUUUAAAGUAUUACAUAUUUAUAGAUUUCUGGACAUCAAGUUUUAUCAGAAUUUGUUGUGCUUUAAGUAAGUUUUUGACUGCUGCAAUAAUUUGUCGUGAUAGUUUGGAGAAGUUAAAUAUAGGCUUGUCCAGAAUGAAAGUAACCAUUUGGUCAUUGAAAAAAAUUAACUAGUGAAAAAAAAGUUUUAUUGAAAGUUUAGUUUACUACAUAUCUACAUCAUAUCUUCACAAACUCGCCAUUCAGUUCCAAGCACUUUUCGCAACGCUCUACCAGUUUAUUUAACUCCUCUGCAUAGAUUAUCGCCACCUGGAAAUUAAACCGGUUGAUAAUUGUAAUUUUGUACAUUUUGAUGUAAUUGUUGACUCACGUUUCAUUAAAUCAACCAAAAGGAAGCCCAUUUCGUCUAAAAAAAAAUGGUAAACAUCAUUUUUUGACUCGGGUACGGAGAUUGCUUAAACUUUUUUUGUAGAUGUUUACUAAGUGCCUGUACUUAGACUAGAUACAUUGCGUAUUCCAUGUCCAUGAUGCGUAUGGCCAAGGUGUCUGUUCCUUUCCCAGGCGGCGAACUUCUGUGCAGAGAGUUUAAAGAACUGGUGCAGCUUUAUGAAAAGUGCUUGGAACUGAGUGGUGUCUAUGUGAAAAUGUGAAGUAGAUAUGUAAUAACUUAAAACUGUCAAUGAAACCUUUUUUUUUCACUGGUUUAUUAUUUUUUUUUUUUGCUGACGAAACGGUACUUACUUUCCCUACAUGCCUCGUAAGUAUCUAUUUUGAUAUAUUUUGAAGGCUAAAGUGCUCUAUUAUAUAUACAACAGAAUGUAACAUGCAUAAAUGUGUUGACAAAUCAUGCAUGUACUGGUCUGUUCUGUGAAGAUGGACAUAACACUUGCAGGUGAAUGUUUAGCAUUUUUUUUUUUUGCAUUGCUUGGAUCACAUUUGCCAUUUGUUUAAUGGUAUUAUAUUUUUUGUCAUCUUCUUAUUUAUGUAUUUUGCUCUUGCCAAAUAUUCUUGCUUGCCUUCAUCCUGAUAUAAGGAUAUUCUGCAAACACUUAUGUUUAUGCAUAGUGGUUUUAAUUGGUAUGGUAAUAAAACUUUUACACAACCACACAACUUGAACUUCAAAAUUUCGACAAGUUUUGAUUUGUCUUUGAUCUUUGUGAAUGCUGUAUAUACAUCUGUAGUUAAAAAAUGUGUAAAUAUUAACAAGAAAUUAGCUAUUAUUGUUCUCAGAACUCCCAUCUCAGAUUACAACUGGAAGGAAACUGAAAAAAGUUGUCUACAUUUGAAUGUAAAACAAAGUUUGGUUACGAAAUGUUGGCAACAUUAAGAUUCUUUGCAAAUCUAUGUGUUUAUGAAAAUUUCUUUUUGAUUUAUAUUUUUGAUGUACGUACUGUAAACACUUCAGAAUAUUUCAAGCAUAAUAAGUUGAAAUAAUUUAGCUAUUGACCUAUUAAUAUACAUUUUUACCCUUUUAAUAAGUUUUUCCCGUAUAUAAGUUUAAAUUUCUAACUACAGUAGACUCCCAACUAUCCGGGUGCGGGUUAUCUGGUUUGUGGGUUAAACGUGCCAUAUUUCACUUCCGUAAACCAUAAACCAAUUAAAGUUUUUAAUUUACUUUUAGUAAUUUUUUACUUCAUUUAUUUUAAUUUUUGUGUAUUAUUAAUCUGACAGCAUUUUAUGCUGCGAUUCAAGACGAAAAAACGCCGCCACACAUAGUGCAUACAUAGUUGGUGAGUGUUAGUACGCAUUAUGAACUUGUGUUCCACAUGCCCUUAUGAACUGCGCUCAGGUUGACGCCGGCACAUCGCGACUGUUCUGUGACUCAUGCAAGCGAUAACCAUCCUGGGUAGUUUUAAGGCAGCAGUCUCAUGGUGCGGGAUUUUUUUGGGUGUCAUAAUCUUUAGAUAAUAAAUAAUAAUAAACACAAACAAGUGGUACUUGACAUUCAACAAAUAUAAAAAAUUACUGACCAGCUAGACGUAAAAUACGACUAUGGUUUAGUGAUACAUAUUGCAGCUUUUUCUGUAAAUUACGUUUAACACUUUAGUACUUAUUGCUUACAACUUUAAACAGUGUUUGUCUCGGUAGUCGUGAUAAAAUAUUUUUGACCACACAGUUUUUUUUUGAACAUGGCUUUAACCAUGUUUUUCGGUUAUCCAUGGACCACUUGCCAGUCAUUGUCCCGGAUAAUCGGGAGUCCACUGUACAUUGAGAAACUUCCUGACAGGGAUUUACUUUACUAACAACUUGGUUUGCCUGUUUUAACCCCACCAUUGAACAAAGAAUAUGGGUAGGGACUCAUUAGUGCAAUUCAGUGUGUACUAGGUUAUUUAUAAAAAAAAUGUUAAAUUUAUAGCAAUAAUUUUUCACGUGCAAAUUGUACGGUUUGGAUCAAGGAAUCAUAUUUUUAUAUACGUCCUGUUUGGAAUGAGUAUAGCUCAUAUUCUUGUGUGAAAUUUAUGUGUUGGCAAUUCAACAUUAUAUAUUUUGAAUGUUUUGUGGUUGUGUUAAAAGAUUUUGAUUUGUGAUUUAGGUGUAAAAUAUUUUAGUGCUAUUUCAUUUCACUGAUGCCUGUUUUAAGGCAUAGCUAUGAAAGUUUGUAUUGUGUGGUAUGUUUUCACCUCCAUGAGGUUUUAGUCUGGUUUGCUGUGUUAGUGUGCAUACUGUCACAUUGUCACAAAAAGCAUUGAGAUAGUGUGAUAGUAGUGAUAGAUAAUUCAUAUUAUAAAUUUUAUCCUAGUCUCAUAGGUUUAUAUUCUUACCAAACAUUCCUAUGUAUUUUAGGUACAAUCGAUGCACCCAUAAUAUUUUAUUAUUAAUCAGUACAGUGGAAUUUAAUUUCCACUCGUGCAUUAAAACAAAAUUCACUCCUGCAUACUGUUGAGUAAACAUGUACAAAUGUGUGUGUGUGUAUGUGUGUGUGUGUGUUUAUAUAUAUAUAUAUAUAUAUAUAUAUAUAUAUAUAUAUAUAUAUAU